AUAUCCUGUGGAGAGCAGUAACUGUUCACGAUAAUGAAACCCACAAGUGUAUCUUGUGAGAAGCAAGAACUCUGUGAGAAGCAGAACUCAUCUUUAGCAAAUAGACCAGGCUGAGUUUGAAGCCACGUGUGAAGUUACUCAUGGAGAAAUAUGAGAUAUCUGACAGAGACACAGAGGAUCCUUCAACCAGCCGACCUACGAAAGUCCCAAGAAGAGACAUCCCCACAGGAUUACAGACAAGGAAAGCAGCACUUGAGAAAUUAGCAAAAAAAGGAAACGUUGAAUGUUCUUCAGGACCCAGUACCCUUCACAAACCUGUUCAGCCUAAGCCUCCUCUGUCAGUCAAGCCUUCAAGUGAUGAUAAAACAGAGAAAGAUCAGCCUAAGCCUCCUCUGUCAGUCAAGCCUUCAAGUGAUGAUAAAACAGAGAAAGAUCCAAACCCACCACGUUUGAGCCUAGUGGCACAAAGGUUUGGUGCUCAGUUUCAGCCCACUAACAGAGGAAAUGAUGAAAAAACUGGAUGCACUAAAUUCUCUAUCAAAACCAGUGAUCCGUCAAAAGAGGACCCAAAGCCUUUGAACCUAAAACCUGCAUGGAACAAAUUCAAUGCUCCUCGUGAUAAAGAAAAAAAUCUGGGACCAAAACCUAAUUUAAAUUUUGCGUCACAGGAGAAUGAGGCAAAACCUGUAUUUUUGAAAGCAGCUGAGGAAACAGUAAGGCCUGCAACACAAGCAAAUGAGCCCAAGCCUCUUGCUUCUAAACCACCUCUUGCACAGAAACCUUCUCUAAUCAGUGAGGUAUCUCAGAGUGAAGACACUUCUAAUAAAAGUGUUUCUGUGCAAGCACAGCGGAGACCUAGAACAAAUAUACAUGUACGCCAUGAAGUGACGAAAAUGGGUGAAAGUAGUAACUCUGCUGCAGAAGCUGCAGGCAGUCAUUUUCCUAAAAGUGUUCAGAAGCACUCUGGCUGCAGGUCCAGUUUAUCAAAAGAAGCCCCCAAAACUGUGGCAGAAGGCACUGAAGAAAAGCGAGUAAGUGCUGCCCGGAGCUUUUUCCAAGACAAAAUCCUCCAGGAAGAGUCAAGGCCUUCUCAUACAUUCCAUAAGAUGAAUACGGCACUUGCGGGAAGACCACCAGCUGCAUCUCAAGAGAAGGGGGAUGGAGACAAGAGUUCUAGAAUGCCUAAGCGUCAGAUCUUACCUCCAGUGUUCAAGCUGGGACAGCCCCCAAAAAAGCCCAGCAGACCCCCCAGACUGCAGCUGGGACCAUUCCGGCAGAGCUGCCAAGAAAAAGAUUCUAAAAAGGGAGGUUUGAUAAAGAAGGCACCUUCGUCAGCAGCACUUGCCCCGCUGAUAACUCCAUCCCAUUCUGCUGUGCAGUUGCCACCUCCUCCACCGUCUUCUCACCCAUCCCUGCAGGUGCCAGCAGUUCCCAGUCUUCCUCCGAGAAACAUCAAGCCCAGGUGUGAAACAAUAGACAUAGACAAUGAAGAAAAUUAUGAUGACGUUGAAUUUGUGUCAUCAGGUCAUGGAAAUACACAGAGGGGCCAAGAAAGUGAUGGAGAGAUGUAUGAAGACAUUAAUGACAUCAGAUCAUCAAGGGAGAAAGAGAAGAAGCAGGGCAAAGAAGAUAAGAGAAGAAUGGACCAAGAGAAGAAAGAACAAAAGGAAAAAGAAAAGAAAGAGUAUGACCUAAGGAAAAAGUUCAAAUUAACCGGACCCAUUGAAGUCCUUCAUCAGGCACGAGUUUGUGUUGACUACAAGGGAGGGAAGAAUGAACUGACUGUCAAACAAGGGGAUAAGAUUGAAAUCAUUCGCCUCACAGACAACCCAGAAGGAAAGUGGCUGGGCAGGAUAAAAGGACGCUAUGGAUACAUUAAAACAACCAUGGUGGAGAUUGAUUAUGAUUCUUUAAAAAGAAAGCAAAAACCAUCUGCCAUAGCUGCUGCGAAGCAUACAGACAGUGACCAAGAAAUGUAUGAUGAUGUUGGAGAGCAGGACACUACUAGCAGUCAAAGUGGUGACCAAGGUGGAAGUGGAAACAUGUUCCCACCUCCUCCUUCUGAUCAAGAUAUUUAUGAUGGAAUUGAUGAUGAAGAUGCUACAGCUAGGUCUGUAUCGCAGGAUGAAGAUAAGAGUGGUAUCUGGCCCUGGGAAAUCUUGAAGAGGCUAAAGGUCAAAGAUGGCAAAAAGAAAAGUGUACGAGAAAAAACAGCCAAAGUCAAUGAGGCAGAAGAAAAUGAAAAUUUGUUCACAUCUUCAACAAAGCAGUCUGGAAAAGAUUAUGGAGAGGAUGUUUAUGAUGACAUAGAUGCUUCAGACUUCCCUCCUCCACCAUCCAAUCCCAGUUCAUCAAAAUUAGGAAGCUUUGGAAAACCCAAUUCAGAUGAAAAAGAUGCACAAAAGCUCAAGAUGGAGAAAGAGGAGAAAGAGUUCAGAAAAAAGUUUAAGUUUGAUGGUGAAAUAAAAGUUCUUUACUCUGCAACCACAGUCCAGGAUUUGUCUCAGCAAAAAUGGGGAUAUAAAGACUUACAAAUUAAACCAGGGGAAUCUCUUGACAUUAUUGAAAGUACAGAUGAUACCAAGGUCCUCUGCAGGAACAAAGAAGGAAAAUAUGGUUAUGUUCUGAGAAGCAAUUUGGUUCAGAACGAUGGAGACAUAUAUGAUGAUAUUAGUGACGAUUCCAUCUAUGAUAAUGAAUCUGAUGCUGACAUGUUGAAAGAACAACUUCAUUGAAGAUCAAACUCUAUUUUGGAAUCCCACUUGUGAAAGCAAGAAGAGUUAUGAAUACUGACUGCAAGUUAAUUGGUUGCUCUUUUAAAAGUUAACCUUUUUCAGGAUUUCAGCCUUUUGUCCUCCAAUGCUUUAUACAAAUUUGUAUUCCCAUUUAUCUAAGCAUUUAAAAUUCAGGGCAUAUGAGAUAAAGUUACAGUUGUAAUUUGUCACUUCCUUUCCACAUUUCUGACAGUCCAUGUAGAAACACUUCUUUAAUUAUUUAUUCCCAAAGAGGCCAGUUCACAUCUGUGAAGGGUCUUGAGGACAACAGGUCCUGGUUUUACUCUGGCUUUCACCUAUUAAACACCAAAGACAGCUACUCUAGGUAAGACAGUAUUCUGAAAAAAAAAAAAUUGUGAUAACAUCCUGUUGGGAAAAGAAGAAACCAAAAGUGGGCAUCAGAGAAGGCAAUGCAUCACCGACCUGCCAUUCCAACUGCAAUAGUGUUUGCCACACUGACAUAUGCAGCCAUAAUUGCAAAGCUCUCUUUUUCUGUGUUGUACUAAUGAUAGAAUAUAAUUCUCUAAAAUUUAUCUGAAGUCUAUUUUAGAGUAUAUAUACUUAGUAUAUACUUAGUAUAUAUACUUAGGUUAAGAUUUAAUUUCUGUUUACUUUGAAGAUAAGUUGUCACUAUGGUAAUAUAGGUAUUAUAAACUUAGGAUUAAGUGUUUGGAAAUUUCUUCUAGACUAAAUUUGGAAAUUUCUUCUAGACUAAAUAUAUAGGUAUAUUUAUUAGUCUAGUUUGAUAAUGCCCUUUUCUUCAAAGUACUUUAGUUUAAUACUAGAUUUGGCUAAGAAAGAGUACAGAAAUCAAAUACUUCCACACUUAUCCAUUGUAGAAAUAACAUUUAUUCCUAAAGUUAAUUUUUGAUGCUGUUGUCUGAAUAACCAAGUUGCAAAUUUAAACAAAGUCAACAGGUAACUCAUAAAAAUAAAUAUCAUUUUACCCUUGUAUAUCAUAAGUCACAGGAAAUCAAAAGAUGUUAAUGGUAAGCUCCCAAUAAAGAGGGUGAACAUGUGCAAAAUAAUGGAACAUCUGUUGCUUUUGCUGGAGUGCAAGUUAAUCAAAAACCUGUAACAACCAAUGGGAUCAGUGUAAGCAGAUGCUUUUGCUGAUACAGUCUUCUAUAAUCUUGAAGGGAAGUCAGGCACAUUGUGCAACACAGAAAGUUUAGUUUAUAAACAUAAGAAAUUUUGGUCCUGUUAAGUCUAUGACUUUUGGUCUCACCUUCAGUGGAGCUGAGAUUCCAUCUUAUAAAAGUGUCCUUUAUUGCUGCUUCAAAAUACAGUAAAUCUCAAAGGAGACAUAAUCCAGUGGGGAUAUCAAACGUAAAAUUAAGAGGUAGGAUCCUAUAAGCUAUCUUUUACUAUGUGUAGAAUCUCUGUUAGUAUACUGAAAAGCUAUAUGCAAACUUGACUUUUUGUAAUUGCUGUUUCUCUUAUCUGUUUAUUAUUCAACCAGCAUCCAGGCAUCAGAUACGGAUUUUAUGUAUAAAAAGGCAGCAGCACCCAAAGAUAAAACAUGACCAUGCACAUUAAGUGCAAUGAAUAUGUCUGACCAUCUGACUGUCACUGCUAAUGGAUUAUUUAUUUUUUUCAGUGGCAGUCAAGAGGAUUUCUGAAUUAAAUUAGGGGUAUGCCAAAGAAUUGAGUGGGCAUGCAGGCAACCAAAAAACUACAUCAUUUUUCCAUGUUCUUAGUGUUAAUGUGUGUAGGCAAUUCUGUAUCCCUAAUACUAAAUUGGUCAUAUGAUACAUUAAAUAAUGAAAAGAAAAAAAUAUACUUAUGGCUAAAACUCUGUGCAUUGGUUGUUCAAAUGAAAUAUAUUGUGAUUGCUGCAGUGUGUUAAUUUGUAAGGCAUUACUCAAUGCUGGAUGCUUUUCAUCUUUGAAUAAACU